GUUUGCUGAAAGAAAACCAGGGUUUCUGGAGAAGAACUGGAUCGACUGUCGGGUAUCAAAGAGGAAAAUUGAAGCGACAGUUACGCGCGCCACCAUAUUUGGCUUGAAAGCGGGUGGCAGAUUGAGGCUUUGAAGAAGAGGGGGAAAGAACAAAACAUGGAGAAAGUGGGAAGCAGUUCAGCACAAGUGGCAGCAGUAGCAUCGGAAGAAGAAAUCGGAAGCUACUACCACAGCAGCAACGUGAAGAAAGCCAAGCUGCAAUCGACUCUAUCGGCACUCCUCGACGAUCCCGUCCUCGCCGACGUCCCCAAGAACCCUUCUCUAUCUGACGUCGACACUUUAAUCAGCCUCGAACUCGGCAGCGCGAUGCGGGUCUCCGUACUCAAACUCGACGGAACCACCUUGGGUAAUGAAAAAAAGAACAGAAUUCCCCCCUCCUCUUUGUGGCAUUUCGUCGAGCAUUUAGCCUGCAACUGUCAUCCUAACUUGUGUGUUUCGACCCUUGGUGAGAGGAGACGUGGCGGUGAUGAACUCGGCAACCGUAAAGGAUUUGAAGGUAGCGAUCACGAGGAAAGUGACCGAAAUGGAGCAAUCGAAAAUGGGUCAUCGCCACAUUUCAUGAAAGUUAAGCAUCUUUUUUCCCAUUCUGUUUGCAGGAGGCACGUUUGGGCUAACUUUGCCCUUUCCCACCAUAACCAAAAGCUUACCGACGACAACUCUCCCCUUCAGGAGUUCGGCUUACGCAACAAUUCUCAGGUGAAUUUUGUGCCAUAUGUUGCGGCUAAGGCUUCUGGGCAUCACUCCAAGAGGAAAAACCACCGGUUUUUUCAUGGCCUUAGUCGCGCAUAA